AUGAAAUCUACAAAGAAUAGGUACUAUAAACGAGUACCAAUUAAAAAAGAAAUAUUAGAAAAAUACAAUAAAGGAGAAGGAAUUGAUUUGAAGUUAGGAACAACUAAAAUCAAAAAUAAGAUAAUAAGAGAGAAAUUUAAGAAAAAAGAGCGUAUUUUCCAUAAUAUAGUGAAGGAUACUGCUCGUACUGAAUUACUUCUAACAGAAGAUUAUGGUUGUUUGGAAGCAGAUGCAGGAGAAGUAACUGUACAAUAUAAACAAAAACAAAUUACAGACAAUGUAGAUAUAACCAGUGCAGCCAAGCAUUUUACAUUGAAUUUGGAAUUUGGACCAUAUUACAUAAAAUAUACAAAAAAUGGUAGACAUUUAGUAUUAGGUGGAAAAAAAGGUCAUGUAGCUGCUUUGGACUGGGUUACGAAAAAAUUAGCCUGUGAAAUAAAUGUAAUGGAAUCAAUACAUGAUGUGUCAUGGCUUCAUAUAGAAACAAUGUUUGCUGUAGCACAAAAGGAUUGGGUAUAUAUAUAUGAUAACCAAGGAAUUGAACUUCAUUGUUUGAAAAAAAUGAAUAAAGUUAAUAAAUUAGAAUUUUUACCAUAUCAUUUUUUACUUGCCAGUGGAUCUAGAGAAGGUUAUUUAGCAUGGUUGGAUGUUUCUGUAGGCAAAUUUGUAAAUGCAUUUCAUUCUAGAGUAGGAAACAUAGCAGUAAUGACACAAAACCCAACUAAUGCAGUACUUUGUGUGGGAGAUUCAAAAGGGGUAGUAUCUAUGUGGUCUCCAAACAGUAAGAACCCUUUGGCAAAAAUGUUGUGUCAUUCUCAAGCAAUAACAGCCUGUGCAGUUCAUCCUUAUGGAACUUAUAUGGCAACUAGUUGUCCAAACAGAUUUGUGAAAAUAUGGGAUAUUAGACAAUUAGCAGGUCCAGUGCAUAAUUAUCGCGUACGCGCACCUGUUCACCAUUUAUCAUACAGUCAAUGCGGUCAAGUAGCAAUGGCAAUGGGAAAUGUUGUAGAAGUUUACCAAUCGUCGACCAAUGAAAUGAAACCAUAUUUGCGUCAUAGAGCUGAUUGGACUGUGACAAGUAUGCACUUUUGUCCAUAUGAAGAUAUUUUAGGUAUUGGUACAAUGAAAGGGGUUUCUUCCCUUUUAAUACCUGGAAGUGGAGAAGCUAACUUUGAUGCUCUUGAGAGUAAUCCAUUCCAAACUAAGUCUCAGAGACGUGAAGCCGAAAUAAAAGCUCUGUUGGACAAAAUUCAACCAGAAUUAAUAUGUUUGGACCCAGUUGCUAUAACAGAAGUAGAUGUGCCCACCCUUAAAGAUAAAAUAAAAGCUAAAAAUAAUCUCUUACAUCUUAAACCAAAGGAUAUAGAUUUUAAACCUCGUAGAACAAAAGCUAAAGGAAAAGGAGGAACAGCUAAAGUAAUUAAGACCAAAAAGAUUUUAAAAGGGUUAAAUCAAAGGGAAACUAUCAAUGUACUUCGUCACGCAAAUGUUCGACCUGAUACAAAGAAAAUAGAAGAACCUCAGAAAGAUUAUGGGAUAUUAAAUAGAUUUUUGGUAAAAACUAGGUAAGACAACAGUUCA